ACCAAACCAACGCGAGGGAGCCACUGCCGACUAUUGACAAGGGACAUCAGAGAAAGAGAUUGCCGGCAAAGCCAUUCAUUGCUGAUCCUUGCAACAGCCGGGAGCCUCGGCCGCCUCUUGUCUUUAGCCGGAGAAAGAGGUUGCCGGCGUAGCCGUUCUUGGCUCUCUGCAACCCCUGUCUUGCUCGCUGUUCCCCACCAUAAUUCCUAAAUUGUGCCAGUUCAAAUUCCCCACUUGGCAUUGCUUUGCGGAAAGAGAGUUCAAUCCACAAACUAGAGGAUCUCCAUGAUCCUCCUCCUCCCCAAAUAUCCCAUAAACCCCUAGCUCAAUCGACCCCGGGUGGGAAGGGAAACCGCAAUUUUCGUUUUGUUUUAAUGCCUACAGAUAGGAUUCAGAAAGUACAGAAUACAAGAUCGCAAAUGGUGACCCCUGCCGAUGAAAUUGAUUAUGAAUCAAAACCCCUCCAUCCCCAAACGUCAGCAUUUAAACAGAAGGAGCAACGCCCCUGCACUUCAACAAAACGGGUAUGAUGGCAAUCUGCAACUACACAAUCACAAUCGAGACGACGUGCGCGGCGGGCGCCGAGACCUCCAACCACGUGAGCCUGAGGUUUGGGGACGCCAAGUCCAACGACGUCGUGGUGCACCACCUGAACUCCAAGCGCGUGACGCAGGUGGAUCCAUUUUUCCCGGCAGAGCUCGACGGCGCCCCGGUGAAGCCCUUCCGGGCAUGCUCGGUGGACGAGUUCCAAGUGAGCGGCGGGUGCGUGGAGUCCCCCGUCUGCUACCUCUACCUGAAGCUCGUCGGAACCGACGACUGGCGGCCCGGGUUUGCACAGGUGCGGGCGGCUGCGGGCAAUCACCUGAGCUCGAAUUACUUCUACAUUCGCCGGUACCUGCCCCGGAACGCCUGGCACGGUUUGGAUAUGUGCGACAGGGAGGUCACGCCCUUUGGGGUCAAGCACGAGCGCAAGGUGUUUGUGAAAAGGCCGGUUAGGACAUUGGAGCCGUAGGGGUGUUGGGCUAUGAAUGGGUUUAUAGGGUUUAUUGUUACGUCUUCGUUACACCUAUGUUUCACCAUUUUUCUAUUUUUAUUUAUGUUUUUAAAAGUAAUGUGAUUGACAUUUUGUGUAUUAUUUUGAAUUUCAAAGGCAACCAAAUUCAAUCUC